ACCAAUGUACACCAUCUGAAUAAAAUACUCCUCCUUGACUAUAUGUCAAACUUUAGUGAUAUUUUUUUAUUUUAAAAGAAAAUCACAAUUUUAUUACAUUUUUAACUGAAAAAUAGUUAAUUUCAAGUUUACAUGGAUAAGGAUUUUGUGUAAUCAAAUAUGAAUGAAGAGGAUAAUAUGUUUGUGGACGAUGAUACAGCCUCUCAAAAGGUGUUUGAGUCGUGGGGUCUCCAACCCAGAACAGUUGAGCGUCUGCUGUACUGUGGAAUCACAAAAAUUGUCCAUCUCAAAUUAAUGAAAUCCUCUGAUAUUGAUGUGGUGUUUAGUGAGGAUACGCGCCUGGGUGAAAAGAUCCUCUUCAGAGAGUGCCUCAGUAUGUGGAAAGAACACAAUAAUGGGUUUAUGCCUAUGCAGCAAGAUAUGAUGAACUCAAUGGAUAACUCUCAGGGAGAUUCUCUCAAAUAUUCUCCUCAUACUUCAUUAGAAUCUAGAACAGUGACUCCUACCCCAAUUAGUCUGCAUCCGGCAAUUGGAGUUUUUAAUUUGCGCGAACUCCUUCGAAAUACGCUGAAAGGAAUCAAACUUUUGUCUUCCUAUGAAAAGGAUCACAUGCUUUCGAGUUCUGAACAAUUGUACCUCUGCCAUGUUAUAGUGGACUUCCACAUGACUACACGGGAGAAAAUGACUUCUAAUGAAAUGGCUUAUUAUGCCAGGGAAAUUGUCAAAGUCUUUCCCACGGAAGUUGAGAGCACAUAUUUUGUGCGUCGACCUGGUAUUUCUGGAAAGAAGCCUCAAGGAAAGUUGUACUACCGAUAUGCAAAUACCGUUUUUAAGUUUAAGAAAGUUGCAGAGAAGACAAGACGUGAGAGCAGCCCAUCGGACUUUGGAUAGAAUUUUACACAAGGAAUUAUGUCGAAAUCAAUUUUGAGAUUCAACUUUCAUUUUCGUUUAUUUACUUUCAAAAGGAAUGUAGUUUUCCUUAAGAAAACAGAUAGUUUGCUUUUGAUAAAAUCAUCGUAGAUUUUCCUAAAUGAUCCAGAUUGCCUAAAUACUAGACGGUAUCCAUAUAAUAACAAAUUAUCAAUAAAUAUUUCUUUUUUCUGCGAAAA